CCCAAUUUAGCUUCAAACCAAGGAGUUGUGACAAAGUAGCACACUAGGUGGCCUCUAAAGUCAUUGCAGAUUCACUUCCAGACUUACCAGUGGACAAAUCUCAUGCCAGCCUAUUGAUUUGCUUGUCAUUGGAUUGUAAUUCUGUUUUCAUCUAGUUUCAAGAAAGCUAAUACACUAAUACAAAAUAAAGGUAUGUCAAAUUGAACUGCUAGACAUGUCUACCCAAGCUGCAUGUGUACAUGUACAUGUAUUCAACCUGGGUACUUUGCAUAUAUUGAAGAGUCCCAAGUACAAAAUUCUUGCGGUAAGAAAAUCAUGCAGUGCCCGAGUUUGUUUAAUCAUUCUAUCUCGUCAAUCAUAUUUAUUCUGGUGGAUCUGCCAAAUUUACAGUCAACUCAUCUCCACGGUAACCCCAUACAGCAUCAAGUUCGUUGGAGUACACAUCUAUUUAGAAGUUUCUGUACAAUAUGGAGCAAGCCAGCCAGAGCUUCGGACUGAACAGCUUAAUGAAAAACUUCAAGGUAUCUUCAUGAAUGUCAAAUAUUACCAAAAAAAAUUCAUCAUCAUCUUUCAUGUAAGCAGCUUGAAAAAUAUCAUAACGCAUUUUCUCAGUACAAUAACCCAUGAACUUUCCCAAUCUAGUAACUCUUUGUUGCCAUGAUAGCUGACAUACCUAGGAAUGUCAGCGUCUUGAAUUUUUAUGGACCAAAGGCACAAAGCUUCUGUCAGGGAAAGAGAUCCUGAGUAUCAAGGAUAUCUGCAAGGACGCCUGCUGCUGUAGUAUCAUUGCCUGCUCCCGCACCUUGAAUAACCAAUGGUCGAUCAUUAUAACACCGGCUGUAUAUCUCCAA